GUCAAGCAAUGCAACUUUCGACGUUGAGCCGGGGGUCUCUUUGGAAACAGCCUCUCUACUUUCGAGUAGGGGCAAGGUCUGCGUACACACACCCUCCCCAGACCCUACUCUUGUGGGAUUUAACUGGGUUGUUGUUGUUGUUUUAUUAUUAUUAUUAUUAUUAUUAUUAUUAUUAUUAUUAUUAUUAUUAUUAUUAUGUAAUUUAGAAUACUGUUGUCUUGCCCCAUAUAUAUACAUAACCUUCCGCCAAGCCAAACUACUCUGAAAUUCUCCCCGCCUUCGCGCUGAAGACUUGAAGCAACACUCCGUGUGGAUUAUUUAGGAUAUAAGCGAAGUAAUCUGAGUCGAGAUAUGGCUGAGCAAGUGAAGAAGAAGAUCAUAGGGUUGGAUGAAGGACUGGAAGUUAUCGGCGAGGGUAUUGCAAAGCUAGAGAGGAUCUUGGAAGGGGAACCCGAGUCUUUCACCACCGAAGAGUCUACGUUGCUUUACUCCACUAUUUAUGAUAUGAGCACACAGAAACCUCCUCAUGAUUAUUCUCCUCAGCUAUAUGACAAGAGCUUGUCAAAAGAUGGGCAAAUCACAACAUUAUGGUCAGGUGGCUUUCUAGACAGAUACUAUAUUGCACGGCGUGGACUCCCUUCUCUUCGCGAUGUUGGGUUUAUGUGCUUCCGUGACAUGGUUUACCAGGAGUUAAAAAUUAAAGCUAGAGAUGCUGUUAUAGCUCUGAUUGAUCAAGAACGUGAGGGCGAGUAUAUUGACAGAGCGUUGCUCAAGAAUGUACUAGACUUUUUUGUCGAAAUUGGGAUGGGACGGAUGGAAUACUACAGGAAUGACUUUGAAGAUGCCAUGCUCAAGGAUACUGCUGCCUUUUAUGCUCGGAAGGCGUCAAAGUGGAUAGUCGAGGACUCUUGUCCCGAUUACAUGUUGAAGGCGGAGGAGUGUUUGAAGAAAGAAAAAGAAAGAGUUUCUCAUUAUCUACAUCCCAAUAGUGAAGCCAAGCUCCUAGAGAAAGUGCAAAAUGAGUUGCUCGUAGUAUACGCCAAUCAACAGCUUGAAAAUGAGCAUUCUGGUUUACGCGCACUGCUCAGGGAUGAUGAGCGGGAAGAUUUGUCGAGGAUGUAUAGGCUUUUCCAAAAGAUUCCCAAAGGAUUAGAUUUGGUAGCCAAUAUGUUUAAGGAGCAUGUCACCGCUGAAGGCUUGGUGUUGGUACGGCAGGCUAAAGAUGCAUCUCAUAGCAAGGUUUUUGUUCAGAAAGUGACCAAGCUUCAUGCCAAGUAUACGUCACACGUGACGGAAUGUUUUUCCAACAAUUCUCUCUUUCUCAAGGCUUUUGAAGAAGCAUUUGUGGAUGGCUGCUCCAGUGCUCAACUCUCUUUGGCGAAGCUUUAGUCACUUCUUCUUAGAGUUCUUACCAUCCAUUCAAAAUUCUUUUUGGUCUGCUUUUAGAAAAUACAAGAAACGUAUGAAAUCUUA